AUGGCUGCGUAUGUCGACGAUAUGCUCGUCAAGAGCCUGGAAGAGGACAAGCAUGCGAAGGACCUGGCCGACUGCUUCAAGGUAAUGAUGAAAUACAACCUUCGGCUGAACCCCAAAAAGUGCGCGUUCGCCGUCCAAGGUGGCAAAUUCUUGGGCUACAUGGUCACCAAACGAGGCAUCGAGCCUAAUCCGGAGAAGGUACAGGCCAUCAUCGACAUGCAGCCUCCUACAACCGUCAGGGACCUACAACGGUUGACUGGCCGAUUGGCCGCCCUUAGCCGCUUCUUGAGCAAAGCGGCGGAUAAGACCGUGUCUUUCUUCGAAGCCAUGAAGAAGAAGGAGGGAUUCGCUUGGACUGCCGAAUGCCAACAAUCGUUCGAGGAGUUGAAACAGUACCUCUCAACGCCCCCAGUGCUGUCUACCCCCCAGGUGGGCGAGCCCUUAUUCUUGUACCUCGCCGCCUCAGCCAAAGCAGUGAGUUCGGUGUUGGUCCGAGAGGAGGACCGAGUCCAGCACCCGGUUUAUUACGUAAGUCGCUCGUCGAAGGCCGCUGAGACGCGGUACACCGUUCUGGAAAAGGUUGUGUAUGCGUUGGUAGUCACCGUGCGCAAGCUGGCACCCUAUUUCCAAGCCCAUACCGUUCGAGUUUUGACAGACCAGCCGCUCGGAAGCGUGCUAAGAAACCCCUUGUCCUCCGGUCGACUUGUAAAAUGGGCCGUAGAGUUGACUCAGUAUGGGAUUGAGUACCAACCCCGGCCUUCCAUUAAGGGUCAAGCCUUGGCCGACUUCCUGGUCGAAUGCACGGCAAUUGAGGAAGAAAAGGAACACGCCUCGGAGAGCUGCCCAGGCGAGUGGUGGGAAAUGCACGCGGACGGAGCAUCGAGUCGACAGCACUGUGGAGGCGGUGUCAUGCUCGUCACUCCGGAAGGAUUCCGACUAUAUUACGCUCUGAGAUACUUGUUCUCGACAUCAAAUAAUGAGGCCGAAUACGAAGCGGUAUUAAACGGUCUCCGACUCGCUAAGGCCCUGGGAGUCGAGCGGCUGCGAAUCAAGACUGACUCCAGACUGGUAGUCGGACAGAUCUCGGGUACGUGCGAAACUAAGAAUGCAAGGAUGGUACUAUACAAAGAGCGUGCGGUCGAGAUGUUAAAAGGGUUCGGGGCUUACGAGAUAGAGUACAUACCCCGAGUGGACAACAUGGAAGCCGACCUAUUGUCCAAAAUUGCCCUGGAAGGGGUACCGGACCACCUGAUAAAAAUUUGCCAGGAGGAGGAGCUAAAUCGGCCGAGUGUUGAAGAGGCACCACUGGAAGUCCAGCGAGUAGAUAUCGAGGAAUGGGAUCGAGGGAAAAAUCCCGAAAUGUUCUGGAUAGAGGACAUCCGGCGAUUCAUAGAAAAAGGCGAGUUACCGGAAGACCCGGGAGUCGCCGCGAGAGUUCGGCGGAAAGCCCCUUCCUUCCAGAUCAUCGACGGACAGCUAUACAAACAGUCGUUCGGAGGACCCUUACUAAAGUGCGGCGUUUGUCAAGCAUUCGCCAGGAAAGACACCCGGCCGGUCACCUUUUAUACACCGGUCACCACUGCCAUCCCCUUCGCCAAGUGGGGAAUAGACUUGUUGGGGCCAUUGCCCGUCGCCCCGGGAGGUCUGAAGUUUUGCGUUGUGGCUAUCGACUAUUUCACCAAAUGGGUCGAGGCAGAACCAUUGGCUACCAUUACUGAGUACCAAUGUCGACGUUUUCUGUGGAAAAGGGUGAUAUGUCGCUUCGGCCUGCCCGAGCACAUCGUCAGCGACAACGGGCGACAGUUUGACUGCCAGGCCUUCGCCGACUUCUGCCGCCGACACGAUAUCAAGCAUACCAAGGUAUCGGUGGCGUACCCACAAGCCAAUGGGCAGGUCGAGAAUGUGAAUCGAACGUUGGUCGAUGGGAUCCGGAAGAAGCUCGAAGACAUCCGAGGAACGAACGAAGAGAAUCUGCGGAUCGAGAAAAAUUUCCUAGAAGAAAGGAGAGAAGCCGCGAGUGCACGGAUGGUUGAGUACCAGCAGGCAGUGAAAAGAUAUCGUGACCGGAGGACUCGCCCGCGAACCUUCCAGGUUGGCGACCUCGUGUUACGCAAUCGACAGGCCAGUCAGCCCACCGAAGGGGGCAAGUUUGCGGCUAAGUGGGAGGGGCCAUACCGUAUUGCAGCGGUGGUCCAAGCCGGAACCUAUAAGUUGGAGACUAUGGAAGGCAAGCCCAGAGAUCGCAUAUGGAAUGUCACUCAUUUGAAAAGGUUCUAUCAGUAG